AAGCAAAGGCAUCCCAGGCAGCCCACAGUGAGAGACCGGACCGGCGCCAAGGAGAGAAGUUGGGAGGAGAAGACAGAAGAAGAGUCACCUGGAUUGAGUGCGGAAGAGGGUUGGGCUUCAGACCAGAUGACGACGGUGGACGGCGACAGCUCCGGCCUGUUCAAUUCCCCCUCCGCCAUUUUCAGCUACCUCGGCCGCAACCUCGACGGGCUGAGGGCCGACUCCACCACGUCCGCCUUCAGCGAUUGUGCCAGCGAUCGCUCCGGCGAGUUCGCGCCGGGCUCCGGAGGCAGGGGCCUGCUUGCCGCCGCAUGCAUGGGCGACCGGCCCGACGACGACGAAACGAUUGCGCAGCUCGUGUCGGACCUCGAGUCGGAAUCCCUCGAGACGCAGCGGAGCGCGGCGAUGGAGAUUCGGCUGCUCGCCAAGAACAACAUGGAGAACCGGGUUCGGAUUGCGGACGCCGGCGGGAUCGAGCCGCUGGUGGCGCUGGCGCAGUCGUCGGAAUUGCAGAUCCAAGAGCUCGGCGUCACGGCGUUGCUGAACCUGUCGCUCUGCGACGAAAACAAGGAAAGGAUCUUGAGCGCGGGAGCGGACCGAGCUCUCAUCCGCACGCUCCGGACGGGGACGGGGACGGCGAAGGAGAACGCGGCGUGCGCGAUUCUUAGGCUCUCGCACAAGGACGAAAUCAAGGAGAGGAUCGGUCGAGCGGGAGCGGUACCGCCGCUCGUCAGGCUCCUGGAGAGCGGGAGUCUCCGGGGGAAGAAGGACGCGGCGGUGGCGCUGUUCGCGCUCACGACGGUGAAGGAGAACAAGGUACGGGCGGUCGAGGCGGGGGUGAUGCGGCCGCUGGUGGACCUCAUGGCGGAACCGGAAUCCGGGAUGGUGGACAAGGCCGCGCUGGUCACGCUGAACCUGGCUACGGCGCCGGAGGCGCGGGCCUCGCUUGUGGAGGAGGGUGGUAUCCCCGUGCUUGUCGAGGUGUUGGAGGACGGGAAUCACCGGCAGAAAGAGUUCGCCGCCGGAAUCCUGCUGGAGCUCUGCGAGGACAGCACGCGCAAUCGGGGAUUGGUCGCCAGGGAAGGAGCGAUACCUCCGCUCGUCGCGUUAUCGCAAACCGGCACACCUCGAGCCAGGCAGAAGGCAGAAACUUUAAUUCGGUAUCUACGGCAACCCAGAUCCGGAGGCAACGGAGCGCGGACGACGGAAAUCUCAGACUAAUCAAUAUCUGACGGUGCGGAUACAUCCAAAGAAGAAAAGAAAAAAAAAAUACUGAACCGAAAAAAGAAAAAAGGAAAAAAACGAAGCGUUUCUGGCGUUGAAACAUGAAAGAUGUAAAUACGUGUAACAAAGAGAAUCCUGUAAUUGUUUUUCUGUUUUUGCCUUCUUUUGUCUGGUCUACUCAGAGAAGCCCCCUCCUGGCCUCUCCUUUUUGUGCCGGAAGUGGUUUCCCGGCGCCUGUUUGGUUGUUUUCCGGCGAGCUGGCUUCUUCUUUGUAAUAUAUGGGUUUGGCUUUCCAAGUCUUACUCCGUUUUUUGGGUGGUCCGUCCAAGUCCCAACUGUCACUUUAGUGCUGGCGGUCUUUUUAAUGGAAGGCAACAUAUUAGUGAAAAUGGUCAAAAGAAACGGCUGAGAAGAAGGUGGAGAGAAGAUCAUCGUUCCGCUCUUGAGGCUGUGAAUUAAAGGUUGUUGGGUGCUGUCAUGAGUUGCAAAAACGUCAUUACUGUGGAUCAUUUCAAGCUAGUGACGUUUGAAGGAGCACAGAGAUCAUAGAGGGACACUUGUGCAGAGUGUCUGUGGGGUGAAUGCGUGGAGUGAGCCUUCUGGAAGUUUUCAUGGUGGUGUGUUGUUCUGCUGUCAUGAUCCCAGAUUCUUUUAGGUCAGUGUGAAAGUUCACGCCUGAUGUAAUGUGACAGCGAGUUUAAACAACAGUGUGUGGUUGGUUAGCACAGUGGACUUGGCUCAGCUCGCUCACAUCUAACCAGUCUUGGUGUAACGCGCGUUGCUAAUGCUUCUUUUUGUUA